AUGUCAGGGACAUUGGGUAAUGUUCAGACAUUUCAGGCCACAGUACCACUGUCUGUUCAGUUUGAAUCCAGCACCGAUAGCAUCCACAUGACGGCGGUGUCGAUGUCUGGUCAACCCGUGGCAUUGAACCUCCAGGGGUUACCGCUGCCUCCGGUUAUCCAGACGAGUUUCAAGGCAGACAAAGGUCUCCCAGAUGGGCUGGAACUUAUGAGCCUUAUCGAAGUGAACGAGUCCAUCGCCUGCCCGGAUCACUCUCAACUGGAGUAUUACAUCCUCCACCCAGAGCCCCAGAUUGUGUAUAUCCCCAAUUUCGUGACACCUGAGGAGAUCUCACAUCUGAUCGAAGUUACCAAGGGUAGUUUUACUCCCGCAUCCGUCUACCGAAAUGGCGCUACCGACGUUGAUUCCGGGCAUCGCAAGUCCGAAAAUGCAUGGCCUCCUCGUGAUGAGGUGCUUCAAUGCAUCGAGCAGCGAGCACGGCGGCUUCAGCAGCUAGAUUCCGGUCUUGAAGUAGAGCCGAUUAGCGUCCAGCGCUACCACGUGGAUGGAUUCUUCACCUACCACUACGACCAAUUCGCCGCCCCCCCGAACCGCAGGAACCGGCGCUCCACCUUUAAUGUGUUUCUAGAGGGCGAUUGUACUGGUGGUGGGACUCACUUCCCUCGCAUCCCCCGUCCCACGGAUCCAAACUGGUGCCAGUACAUUGACUGCGAAUCGACCGAACCGGGGACCAUCUUCAAGCCCAUCGCCGGUGGUGCUGUGUUUUGGCUCAAUACUCGAGACAACGGAACCGGCUACGAUGAAACCCUGCAUGCGGGGAUGCCAGUUAAGUCUGGGAGGAAGAUUGGGAUGAAUAUCUGGUUUUGGAAGGAUUUCAGGAAAUAUUUUGAUUCAGCGAAAGAUGUCAAUACCCAGUAG